AUGACCAAGGCGGCCGAAGACGACGACAGAACACUGCUGGCCAUGGGAAAGCAGAUGAAGGAGCUUCACACAUCCCUCCAGGUGGUUUUCAAUGCAUGGAAGAAAUCGGAACUGCGCAACAAGGAUAUCCGGGGCGAGCUUCAGCAAGCCACAACGGAGCUGGGGACGGCGAACGAGGAACUGCGGUCAAUCAAGGAUGAGCCGCCGACGGUCCGCGGCGACCUGCAGGCUUUGAAGCAGCAGGUUGAAUACGAUAACACGGAGACGAGCGAAAAGCUCGAGGUCUUGACAACUCUGGUUUCGGCGCGAAGCGGCCCCAGUCCAUCCUAUGCCGCCGUCGCUCGAUGCGGCCAUGCUUGUGAGAAGGCCUGGUAG